CCGCUCCCCCGUUUCAAAUCCUUUUCCCCAGUCCCCACGGAAUUCCCGUCUCCCCUUCCAAAUCGGAGGCAAUUACUACGAUUCAUUGCCACUCCAAUCCCACCAUCCCGACGGUUGCCGCUGCACUCCGCUCCUGUGCUCGGUGCUCCGGCCCUGCGCCUCCCGGACUCCGGUUCUCCGGUCCGAUUCUCUCGUACCGAGCGGCGCCGCGAGUCGCCACGGCGGCCGGCCUCACGAAACAGGCAACUCCUCACCCUCCCUCUCCCAGCAGGUCACUAGGCAUUUUGGGAGAUGAGAAGAUUCUUUCCAUUCCGCUCGUUCACAGGCAAUGCCGGGAACGACAAGCCAGCCCCAGGACACGAUAAAAGGAACGAGAACAUAUUGGAUGAGGGUGGGACUAAUGGUGCCUCUCAUUCUCCUGAUACCAGGGCGUUCAGAUCGAGGGGCCGGUAUGGGAAACCGGGGAAGGAGGAAUCACCUAAUCCGCAGCUCAGGAGAUGCCUGUCGUUUACAGCCACAGCCACUGACCGUCAUUUGGAUGAUCGGGCAAUGAGCUUUUCAGGCGAUGUUCCGUGUUCCAUGUUUGAUAGUUCUGACACGCCUCGUCAUGUUGCCGAUGUUGAGUGCUACUCAUGGCCACCAGAAAGACAUCCUAAUCUAGGGGAAUACACGAUAAAGGUUCCGAAAGGACAUGACGUACAGGAAACUGAUUCACCACGUUCAAGAGGCUACUCAUGCUCAUCAACAGGACACUCUCCUCUUAGCUCUCCUGUUGCAUUAAAAUGCAGACCUUCUAGGUUGACCAAUUUAUUGCACAAGAAUGAAGUGCUGGACCUGUACAUUGAUAGGGAUCAAGAAGCAGACAGAUUAAAUGAGAAACAUCAGCAGAAAUUCCCCAUCAGAACUGCAGCUUCUCAUUUGGGCCGUGGACGGCCACCUCGACCUCAUUCUACAGCUCCAUCUUCACCAAAAUCUUGCAAAGAAAUAUAUGAGAACUACUAUAACAUCGACAAUAAUGAUGCCUACCACCAUCAACUUGCUCAGGAAGGGACAAAGGGCAGCUUGAAUCACAAAGUUGCAUCUAUGUGUGAUUCAGAUGGAAAUGGCACAAAUCUAUUUGAAGGAUCUUCUGAUAAUUUUUCGCACCCAGAGGAGUGUAAAUCACAAAGCAUGACUACAGUGGAAGAUAUCUAUGAGGACUCACGAGAUCCCCAACCUCCAUGUUUCUGUGGAUCUUCAGUGAAUCCGUUUUCAGUAACUACCUCAAGAUGCUUUGCUGCCGAUACUUCUCAACAUGAUGAAUCUUAUGGUUUUCAUGACAAAAACUUGGAACAAGACACUGAUGAUAAGUUGCUUAGAAGAGCUGAAGAAUUAGAUGCGUGUUUUAUGGUUCCUUCUGAAGAAGUGAGUGAGCUUAAAAUGCUCAGGGAUAAGAGACUGAACUCAACUGACUUAAUGCAGCUGAUUCAGAGUUUGAUUGAAGACAGAAAACAAUUAGCACUCGAACUGUCUUCACAGAUUGAGUCACGUCUUACAGAAAGGUUUGUGGCCAAGGAACAAUAUAAGCGGUCCAAGCUAGAAUUGGACACCAGAACUAGAAAGCUGGAAAAUGAGAAGACUGAAGCACAAACUAGCUUGGAACUGGAGCUUGACAGAAGGUCAAAUGAUUGGUCAGCCGAGCUGGCAAGAUUUCAAUCUGAAGAACAGAGACUACGUGAUAGAGUAAGGGAGCUAGCAGAGCAGAAUGUGUCAUUCCAGAGAGAAGUUACUUUGCUUGAAUCAAACAGAAUCGAUGCUUCUAAGAGGAUUAAUAGUUUGGAACUGCAAAACAAACAACUGAAUGAUGAGCUGGAGAAAGUUAUGAAUGAGCACAGCAGUCUUUACAGAUCCUCAGUAGAAUUGCAUGAUAGCCUUACAAAAACUGCAGAAGAAAGGGACCAAAUCCAAGAAUGCUUAAAAUCCAGGGAAGAUAACAGCAGGGCGUUACACAAGGUGAUUGCAAGGUUACAAAGGGCAUCUAAUGAGCAGGAGAAAACAAUAACUGGGCUCAGACAAGGAUUUAGUGCUGAAUUAGAAACUAAAUCUGUUGGAAAUAGCGAAAGCACCAACAGGAUGCAAAUGGAACUUCUGAGACUUACUGGAGUUGAGCAAAAGCUGAGAAAAGAAAUUCAGUCCUGUACCCUUGAAGUAAACUCUCUUAGGCAAGAGAACAUAGGGAUUUUAAAUCGCCUGCAAAGCAGUGGGAGCGGAUUAAGCUUAUCCUCACUUCGUCUUGAACAAGAGCUUAACGCUAGAGUGGAAAACUUGCAGAUUCAAGGCCUAUCAUUACUAGAUGGUUCUAGUCGGCUUUGUGGCAGAUUGUUGGACGUGCUGAAAUCUAAGAGUGAGAAUAUUGUUAGUGUUGAUGCACUAGCAGUCAUCGAAUACAGUUUGAAGUACCAGAACAUAAAAGAAGGAAUGGAUAAUUUAGCACUUGGUCUGCGAAGAAUUAAAUCUCUGUUGGUUGAAAAGCACAAUGAAGAAGACAUCGCAUUGGGUAUUCCCUCAAGACAUGAUACAUCAUCUAGGGAUGACUUCGAAAUUAAGCUGAAAGAAGAAGCUCUGAUCAAUAGAGUAUUAAAGGAGAAGCUAUUGUCAAGGGAACUGGAGAUUGAACAAUUACAGUCAGAUAUAGCAUCUUUAGGGCGGAUCCAAGAUGUCAUGCAAGACGAGAUCUAUAGAGCUCAGGACGAAUUAUGUUCCAUGACCCAGAAGUCCAAGCAGUUUGAAGUUGAGGUUUUGAAGAAAGCCGAGAGCAUUAAACAGAUACAACAGGAUUUUCAGGAAUCUGCAAAGGAGCUGACUGCUCUCCGGUGCGCACUUAAAUCAGUGAGCGAUGAAAGGGAUUCCUUGUGGCAGGAAACAAAGCAUUUGCGGAAUACUGUUAGUGACUUGCAAAACGAUGUUGCCUUGUUCAAGCAGAAGAUCAAAUCGCUUGACGAAGACAUACAGCUGAAGGAAGGGGAGAUCCUGCUUCGCGAGGGGGAGAUCUCCAUAUUACGGGACAGUAUCGACCGGCCUUUCGACAUCAUCUGCAGUCCCCGGUCAAUGAAACAGUUCGACAUGGAGUGAAUUUGCACAUAAGAAAUUGGAGAAGUUGGAUUCUCAAAUAGCCUUUUCCUUCCCUCUCAUACAGAAGACAAUUCACAUCGUAUCCCUCUUUAGACAACGUUCUCUGUGAAUAGUGAAUAGGUCGUUGGAUAAUUUCCCAUCCCCUUUGUUUACACCAUGAUCAUGCAACCUGUGUUGCUACUCUCAUUUAGUUUAAUGGUACCGCACUUUGCAUUUUGUCUAAAUGUAAUUGUCUGUUAAAAGAAAAUAGUUCGAUA